AUGGGGGCUAGAAACAAAGAAGAGCCAAAGAAGGAUGAUAAAUAUGUUCCCGCUAGAGUCUUUGCGAUCACUCAGGCAGAAGCUGACGCUAGCCCUUCAGUCGUAUCAAGUCAGAUUCCUAUGGUCAAUACCACAUAUGGGAGGGAAUUGUAUGUAGACCUGAUUGUAUUAGAUUUAUCUGAUUUUGAUGUAAUUCUGGGGAUGGAUUUUCUUUCCAAAUACGGAGCAUCUAUCGACUGCAAACGCAAGAAAGUGGUCUUUGCACCAAAAGGCGGAGAUCCGUUUGAGUUCGAAGGCAUAAGCAAGAAACCCAGAACUCCUAUCAUAUCAGCAAUGAAAGCUAGAGAAAUGUUGCAACAUGGAUAUUUGGGGUAUCUCGUGAAUAUGGUCAAUGAAACUGAAGAGACAGAAAGGAGACCUGAAGAGACAAGAGUUGUAGUUGAGUUCCUCGAUGUUUUUCAAGAAGAACUGCAGGUUUACCUCUGCAUAGGGAGAUAG